AUAGCUUGUGACUUCGGCUCGAUGCGAUGUGCUUGGCCUAUGCUCUGAUCUGCAUUUAUCUCGCUCUGCUUCCGGGGCUAUAAAGGUCCGCCCACCGCACCUGUUUGCUAAGCUACCCCGACCUCAGCACCCAAUCCCCACCUCCCACCUCUCCCCACCGGCGCGGCGCGGCGCGGCGUUCUAUGGCCUACACCUCCUCCCUCCACCUCCCCAAGCACCUCCUCCUCCCCAAGUCCCACCGGAACAGGCACAGGCCCUCCUCCUCCCCCUCCUUCGUCCCCGCCGCGGUCAAGAUCAACGGCGUGAACGGGCACGCGGCCGAGAAACCGCCCAACGGCAAGGUACAGAUCAACGGCGACGGCAAGGGAGGGCACGGCAGCGUCAACGGGAAGGGGAAGGCCGUCAACGGUCAAGCGAAGAAGGGCGUGAACGGGAAGGCGCAGCGCAUCAACGGCCGUGCGGACCGGAUCCACCUCUCGGUGAGCACGGGCGGCGGGGACGGGUUGCAGGAUGGGUUCGGCCUGCGCGUGGCGUUCCAGGGCGCGCCGGGCGCGUACAGCGAGUUCGCGGCCAAGACGGCGCUGCCCGGAUGUGACACCGUGCCAUGCCGCGCGUUCGCGGACGCGCUGGCUGCCGUGGAGCGCGGGGGCGCCGACCGGGCCAUACUCCCAGUGGAGUCCACCAUGGAGGGCACCACGCUGCGGAACUACGACCUCCUGCUGCGGCACGACCUGGUGGUGGUGCAGGAGAUCAACCUCUUCGUUCACUACUGCCUCCUCGCCAUGCCAGGGGUGCGCGCCGCCGAGGUGCGCCGCGUCAUCAGCCACCCGAUGGCGCUCGCGCACUGCGGCCGCGCGCUGGCCCUGCUCGGCGUGGACCGCGAGCCCGUCGAGGACACGGCGGGCGCCGUGGAGAUGCUGCGGUCGAACAAGCUGCUCGACACCGCCGCCAUCGCCAGCCCGCGCGCCGCCGACCUCUACGGCCUCGACGUGCUCGCGCACGGCCUCCAGGACGAGUCCUGGAACGUCACGCGCUUCCUGCUGCUCUCCAGGCCGCCCUCGCCCGUGAUCCUGUCCGUGGACGCCGCCGCCAAGACCAGCAUGGUGGUCGCGCACCGGGGCGGGUCCAUGACGGUGGUUCUCAAGGUGCUCUCCGCCUUCUCCUCCCGCAACAUCAACCUCACCAAGCUGGAGGUCAUCAACAACGACGCCGUCAGCGACAGCGGCGGCGCGCGCCCCCCGGUGAUGAUCCUGGACACGAGUGCCCGCGGCGCGCCGACGCUGCGCGCGUUCCCGCACGUCCUCUAUGUCGACUGCGAGGGCACCGCGCACGACCCCCGCGUCCGCGAGGUCAUCCAGGAGAUCGAGAGGUUCGCCGUCUUCGUGCGCGUCCUUGGCUGCUACGCCGCCGACACCACUGUCUACGACCUGCAAUGAGGAGGAGAGGAUCACACCGGUGGACCGAAAGAAUCGAAAUUAGCUACUAGUUUGCUGCGAUUGGAGCAUUAAUUUGUUGCUGUCCAUCCUAGUAUCGAACAACUAGCUUCAGUGAGAUAGCUGCUUGCAUACUGCUGCUGCUGCUGCUCAGUAAUUUUUUUUUUGUACAGGUGCAAUAAGAAUCUUUCUAUUGCCGCUGGAUUAGCUGUGUGCUUAGGUUUAAGCUUGGUGAUGAUGCCAGCUGAAGGAUGUGUAAGAUGAUGCCAUGAUCACGACCGGAUUCUUGUGAUUUUGUUGCGCUA